AUGUUUACAUCUAGUACAACUACCACCACACCAUCCCCUUCCAAUAUACCCAUUUUUUUAAAUGUGCAUUCAACAAUGAACAAUAAUUCUUCAAUUUACAAUAAUAAUAUAAAUAAUAGUAAUAAUAGUAAUAAUAGUAAUGGUAAUAAUAAUCAACUUUGUAUAAAAAAUUUAACAAAAAUAAUUGAAGAUAUCUCUUUAAUUUUAACAUCAUAUAAAAGUUCAUUAUUAAAUACUCAAGAGUUUUCAGAAUUAAAUAAUACAAUUUUAUUUUCCAAAGCAUCAAUAGCACAAUAUAAAGACUUUGAAAUAAACCACGGAAUAGAUUAUUGUAAUAAUAACGAUAAUAAUAGUGACAAUAAAAAUAUAAAAACAAUCAAAUAUGGUGAAGAAUCAUUUGUUUUCAUUUUAAAUCGACUUACAUUAGAGUUUAGCAAUUAUCAAGUACUAUUAAAUAAACUAAAUAUUACCAAUGUUCAAUUAGCCACUUCUACUACAACCACAACUACCACCUCUACAGCAAAUAGUUUACCAAAGUCAAAUAUAUCGGUCGAAAUUAAAAAUUUAUUAAAAGUAGAUUCAAUUUUAAAGCAAUUAAUAGAUCAACUAUUAUCAUUAUUUCCGAUUAGAUUUAUUAAAGCCAACAAUAAUAGCAAAAAAACAACCUAUUUCAAUCCAUAUGAAUUGUUAUCAAAUGAAUCUAAAAUCCUAUGGAACACAUUUGGAGAUAAAUCAGCAUUUGUACCAUGGAAACGAUUUUUUAAAGGAUUUGAACUAUUUUUCAAUCAAGAUAUAAGCAACUAUGAAAAUAGUCUAAGAUACAUGUUUGACUUUACCAACGAAAAUUUUAUUUCACCUUUUAAACUAGUAAACUUUUUAAAAUGGUUUGGUAAUUUGCCAGAGUCAUUACAGGUCUUCAAAGAUGUGGUAGAUUCAAAGAUAUUUAGCGGUUUUAUAUCGGGUAUAGAAGCAACAGAGCUUCUGACCCAACAGAGACAUUCUCCAGGUCACUAUUUAAUAAGAUGCAGUAAAACAAUAUCUGGUGCUUUUGCCAUAACUUUUAUAGAUUCAACAAAUUGUAUUCAUCAUUGUCUUUUAUAUCCAACACCUCAAGGUUUAACUUUACAAAAACCUCCUGAUGUUUUCAAAAAUAUCUUAUCUUUUAUUUUACAAUUUUCUUCAAAAUUAAAAUAUCCAAUUGGACCAUUAGACGUAAAUUUACUACCAAAUAAUUAUAAUAGUAAUAAUUUAAUAAAUAAUUUUAAUAAUUUAAAUUUAAAUAAUAAUAAUAAUAAUAAUAAUAAUAAUAAUAAUAAUAAUAAUAAUAAUAAUAAUAAUAAUAAUAAUAAUAAUAAUAAUAAUAAUAAUAAUUCAUUCACUAUUCCAAUAAUAAUACAACCAACAAUUACAAAUGAUAAUAAUAUAAAUGAAUUUUCAUCAUCACCAAAUUCUUUAUUUAUGGUAGAUACAAAUUCAAAUACACCAAAUCCACCACAUAAAGAAAAAAAAAAUAGAUCACCAUCACCAUCAAAAAAUAAAAAUAGAUCAAAUAGCGAUAAUGAUAAAGUUGAUGAACUAGCAACCUUUUUAAAUUCGGAUGAAGAAUAUGAUAGAACCCCUGUGGAAAGCAAUAGUGUAAAAAAGAUUAAAAAUAAAAGAUCAAAUGGUAAUGGAGGACUAUCGUCAUCAUCAUCGACAACAACAACAACUGAACCAAAUUUUGUAAGCAAUGGUAAAGAUUUAUGUAUCGUUUGUAUGGAUAACGAAAUUAAUACAGUGUUUUUAGAAUGUGGCCAUCUUAGUUGUUGCUCCAAGUGCUCAGUCAAAUUGGUAAAAUGUCCACUAUGUAGAAAUAAAAUAUCAAGAAUAGUAAAUAUUUUUAAACCCUAA